CAUCUCCUACGCUUGCGAGCUCAAAGACAACACGUCUUCAUUCCUUUCUUGCUAGCUUUGCUUUCCCUAACACCUCCUCUCCCUUACUUUUGGGCUUUGCCCCUCUUUUUUUCACCCUCUUUUCCGCCCUCGUAACCAUGGUUUUCAACCCCAUCUCUAACGCAAGAUUCGGACACCCUGUUCAUAAAGUUGGAGGUGGACACGCUCGCAAAGCAGAAACCGGUCAUCUGGAUAAACGCUCCAAUUGUGCCGGUGGUGGUUUUUAUAAAAAUCCUACUACCAAUCAAACGGUGUCGACUUCCAGUCCUGUUAAUGUCGCUUGGGACAAUUCGUGCUUGAGUCCUUCUCCAAAGCUUGUUGAUCUUUAUCUCUACGCUCCUGGACUUAACGAUUCGCUUAUCCAAGCCUUUAAUGGGGCUGAUUAUGCUCAUGGCUCGAUGGAAAUGACCCUUAAUCCUUCCUGGUGGGGGAAUGCUAGCAGUGUUAGCCUGCAGCUCGCUAUCGUUCCCCACGGUACUCCCGGCUUCAUGACUUCCAUCGCUACAGGUCCCAUCUGGACUGCGACAUACAAUUCCUCGGACCCUAAUGCCCAUCCCAAGUCAGGGAACGCCUCCGGCUCCGGGGGCAUCAUUCAAGAAGUGAAGAAUAUUUUCGCCAAGUUGCCUGGCGGGAGUGUCGCUGCCGCGGUCAUCCUUCCUCUACUCGCCGCUACGAUAGCCAUCCUCCUCUACGUCAGGCACCAGAGGAAGAAACGCGCCGAAAAGUCAAAGAGGUUCAGUCAAGCUAUAGAUCAACGCAUGUCUACGAUCUCUACCGACUGGCGUUCCAUCUCUGGUGCUGGUGCCAAUGCAGCCAUUCGUGCUUCCAUGGUCGAUUCUUCUGCUUACGGUCGUCCCGCAUCCUUCAUGUCCUCAGUAAGCAGUGGACAAGCCGGUGUUGGUGCCCACUUCGAUAAUUUGGAGACUGCCGAACAGGAGGUGCCUCAGUUGAACCAAUUGCGUGCAUCCCGUCUCUCGUCCGUUGGUCAGGCCGAACGCACUUCACGUACCAUUUCCUUUGCUGCCGAUGCUCGCCCUUCUAUCGAAACAACUCAUACCCGUCGUACCGGCGGAACUGGUAGUAAUAGACCGUAUCAAACACGCUCCUUCCACCAAGCCCAGAACUUCGACUCUGACGAGGAAGACGCCGAUUUGCAACUUAGUCCAAGACAAUCCCAAGGCCCUACUGUUUUUAGUAAUGCGGAAAUCGAAGCCCGUGCAUCUGUUGGGGAUGAGGAUCUUCGUCGUGAAAUGCUCCAGAUGCCAGCCGUGAGCCUCAUGCGUACUGGCAGGCACAAUGCCGGACCAAGCAAUGAACUCAUUUUACCUGCGCCUAUCCUCCGGAAUGCUAGUCCAGGUGCCCUUGCGGUGCCAUCGCCUACGCUUCAACCUACGAGCCCCAUUCCUCCCUCUCAUCUCGCCGCGACGAGCGCACCCAUGAAUCCCGCUUUGUCGCCUGAUGAUCUUCUUCGUGCUUACGCCGCCGGUCGAGCUGCUAAUGUGCAACCAGGUUCAACUCUGGGUGCAGGAGCCCAAACUAUCACAGGUGGAAACAAGGCCAAUACCGGCAUGCGUAUCCUGUACGCUCCUUCCGAAUCGCCCAUGAUUUCUUCCCCACCUCCCACUUCUGCUCCGAUGACGUUGACAAACUCGAUAUCUCCAGCUAUUUCAUCGCUUGCCGUUCCUUCACCCGCUCUCACGCCCAAUCAAUUGGAUAAUAAUCCAUUCAGGAAGAGUAUGGCUGCUAGGAGCACGUACACGCUUAGUCAGUAUAGUGGGAGUUACGCCGAUGACUUCGAUCCUGAGGAUGCGUAUAGUGGGCAUUUAGAUGAGUAUGGGAACGAUGGAGGGGGUUAUGCCCGUUGAGCCGCAGGGGCGGAUGGUGAAUAGGGCGAAAGGCCACAUACAGUAAGGACGAACGUGUAUAUUCUGUGUACGGCUCAUGGUUGGUUUUGUUUUAAUUUUCCACCCUCUUCAAGCGCUACUUCAUUUUUCCUUUGCGCAACUCUUGAUUUGUUCCGUUUCUAUUACAUAUACAUAUCCGAUGUUCCGAUGUUUUUUUUUUUCGAUUGUUCAUAUCGAUGUUCUCAUGUUUUUUUUUAUU